UCCCCCGCCAAAAAGUGCAUCGAGAAGUCCAGAAUAAUUCCGCAUUUCUUCCCACCGAAAAGACGAUCUAUUUUGCAAGGAAACCACCCAAGAUUCCGAUAAGCCUAAUUCAAAAUGGGAGGAAGUUCGUAUAAUCUUGUUCAUCUUUCAUAGCCUUGCAUGACACUGACCAGAAUUCGCAGACGGCACAAACCCUAUCCACAACAAAGUGAAGAAGAAGGUCAAGGUUGAGGAUGAUGAGGAGACCAUCGCCUUCAAGUUGAAGCAGAAGGAGGGUACGUGAACUCCUGUUCGCAUUAUUUCAAGUCAACAUUUCACUGACUUUUUCCUUUCAUCAGACAAGGCAAAGCAAGACAAAUUAGCCAAGGAGAUUGGUGGCCAGAAAGGACCCUUGAAGACCAAGUCGCACGGCAUUUCCGGCAGCGGUGGUAAGGGCAAGAAAUAAAUGAAAUUCGGUUCUUUGCGCGAGGGAUUAUUGAAUUUGCGAGAUAUUUGAGCACAGGCGUGGAUAAUACGGCGUAUGGGUUUAAUGGAGGAAGAUUUCAGACGUGCGACAAGACUCUGAGCUCUGAACAUGGGGAAACAUUUAUCACGAAGGGUUAUUCGACAUGCCAAGGCAUAUUCUGAGCAAUCUACACUGAUCUAGAAGCUAUGGUGAAAUGCAGCCAUGUGUCAAUCAUGACUUGUUUCUAUUCCCAACUGCGAGUGAUGGCUACAACCUCGCCGUUUACAAGCCGAUGGAAUUCUUCCAGA